AUGGUGGAGGAAGUGAGGAAUGCACCGCUGCCCAUUCUGCACCACAUGAUCGACAUCUGGGCCGACAAACCAUCGGGGCGCAAGUUCCUCGGUGUCCACGUCUUCUACGUGACCGCCAACUUCGAACUGAAGCAAACCCUGCUCUCUAUCAAGCGCUACCGGCCCUCCCAGGACGCUCUCGGAGAGGCGAAGGCAGCGGAGGUGCUUCUCGAGAUCCUCGAGGCUAUCCUGCACGAGUUUGGCCGGCGCCCAUCGGACCUCGCUUCGGGUACUACGGACAGCGGAUCGGACGUCAAGUCUGUGAGCGUCAACGGCCUCCACCCGAAGUAUGGGGUUCUGUGGAACUGGUGUUAUUGCCACCUGAUGAUCAAGGCCGCCGAGGACGCCUUUGGCACCCACCCCGACCCUCAGAAGUCCAAGAACCCGGAAGCGCACAACAUGCUGAAGAACCUCAUCGGCAUAGUCGGGACCCUCCACAAGUCUCUCAACUUGACGGCUAAGUUCGAAGACCUUCAGGUGGACCUGUUGGGCGAGGUAUUAAAGAUCCCCAACCAAGCUCCCCAACGUUGGCUCACCCUGGUUCGCACAAUGGAACGCGUCAUCCGCUUGUGGCACGUCCUGCGGAAGCUCUACAGCGACGCGGGGAAAAACUUUAUACUCGAAGAAGGCGACAACAAGGACUGCAUCCCUCAGCUCUACUCGCUGCUGCAGUCGCUUUCUUCCGUCACGCGUGAUGGCCAGUACGGGGGUUUGCCGAUGCUGGCAGACAUCUACAUAAAGUUUGGCAUGCUAAAGAUGGGCGUGCUGAACUCGUCGGCGGAUCUCAAGGUCUUCGACAUCCCGCCGCUUGGAGAAGACGGCCUUCCGGACCGUAAGGAACAGAAGAAACCUCUGCGGCACAAGAUGGUAGCACACGACGAGUUGCACCCCGUGGCACAGAAGGCGCGCGACAAACUCUGCCGCGCGCUCGUCUCGAGGUUCUACGGUCAUGUGUGGGACGACAGUUGCCUGGAUCCCUCCAUGUUCUGCGAUGCUGCCUGCCUCCUGACGCCGCCGUUCAGUGAGGGGAACUACCUCUCGGCGAUGAAGCUUACAGCAGAGGAGGACGACAACUUGGCUGCUGUGUCGACCGUGGUAGCCCCUACGUCGGACGAAGACGUGCGAGAGAAGCUGGAGGGAAUUUGGGCCGAAAUAAAGAAGCGAGCAGUCACCGCCGUCAAGACAGAGCAAAAUCGGGUCGCGGGUGAGGGUGGGGGCCAGGGGUCAGAUCCUUUCAAGCGCGCCCGCACUAGCGGCGCGGUCCCAUCUCGUCGCAAGAACUACGAGGACGACUUCUCGAUGUUCGGGUGCAACGAAGUCGCCCCCUCCCAAAGCGACGGUGGAGAUGUGGACUUUGUGGAGGAGGAGGUCUCGGGCGAGAUCAUUCGGUACAAGGGAGUCUUCAUGAAGCCAAUCGACUUGCCGCCCAGCGACGUCCUUGCCUACUGGAACAAAGUAGGGAAACAAAUGUUUCCCUCACUCAAGUAUGUUGCGCAGCAAACAUUCGGCAGUCAAGCUUCUGCCGCUCAGAUCGAGCGAGACUUCAGCCACUGCGGUCUUUUCAGUACCGGGAACCGCAGUCGUGCAGAAGAGUAUUGGCUGGAAAUGGUGAUGGUCCUUAAGGGCAAUUACGAGCUCAUUCCCGACUACAAGGACAUCCCCAGCAUUGACUCGAAGGACAUUAGGAAGUGCCUCCCUGCCAAAUACAGCGUUGGCGGUCUACAGUUAGUAGUGAUUGUGAUUGGUAAGGCGGAUAGGGGGGGUGCGAGGGAGCAUCGAGGGGGGGGGGGGUCAUAA